AUGAACUUAAGAAGCGUAUUAAAAAAGGCACUGUUUCUUCUUUUGCUCUAUCUUGCACCUUCUUUCUAUCAGAUCAUUGCCGAGGUUGACGUACCAGAACUCCAAUUGUUAGCGUCGAAUUUGAAGCCCGAAGAGUGUGUGAAGCUUGUUUUCCUAGAUUCCCAGACUCCACUAUCGAAAGCGCAAAUACAAAAGUUAGCUCGAGAGCAAAGCUGUUUCCGAAGACUCGUGAAAUGGAUUUGCCAAUUAAGAACCGUCACGAGGAACACGUAUCCGAUCUUGAACAAUCUUCUUGAACGCAUUGGAAGAAAAGAUUUGAUCGCGUGCCUUGCAGAGUUCGGUACAAAAUCCUCGAAGUCGCCAAAAGUAAUUCGCGACGUUCAAGCGGCUGAGGAUUCAGACGACUACGAAGGAGUCGUGGCGACGGCGCCUCCGAAACCGGAAGAGAAAGAUAGUAAAACGUACAGUAAAACGCAAAAUCAAUCCUCGGACAAAGUGAUCGAGAAAAUCAGACACACUGCUGUCAACGUAUCGGUGCAAACCGCAGGGAUCGUUAUCGUUUUGGUCAUACUUUUAACUUGUUGCUGUACUCUGUUUAUAAGGAGCAAAAUGGCGAAUCUGUUGAACAGAAUACGAGGGAAGAAAAAGAAAGGUAAAUUAAUCGCAAUCGGAGAAGAAGGAGAUGACGUAUCUAAGAGCUACCUCAUUCGAAAGCCACGAGUGAAAAGAAAAAGGGCACCAUCGUACGAAAUGGUGCACACAGCCACGCAAAACACAGUGGUUCCAGUGCCGAAGGAACCGGAAGAACCGCCAGUCACAGGUUGCUACAAAUGUUACAAGAAGAAACGGAAGAAACGCGCCAAACAACCACACAGAUGA